UAGAUGUUCUACAUCCUUCGCUACAAAGAAGCUGGAUCCUCCCUGCCAGGUUCUCUUUGAUGGUAUAUCAGGCUUGAAACUAAAGAUAGUGGCAACUCCAAUCACUCCCACAGGCUUCGCCGCUGAGUUCUUUCCAGAUCAAGUUAUGUCCGGUGACCUUGGAAAACGAGUGUCGUUGCAGAAGAUCCUACAAGACCGCAUUAUUCUCCUUGCAAGAGAAAGAAGAAUCCUAGCCGUGAUUUUAUUCUACUCCUUCAUGCAACUGCUUGAUGGUCCUUGGCUACAGCAGUAUUGGGACAGUGCUGAUAUUUCCUUCUUUCAAUUCGAUGAGAAUGGCGGCCCUGCAACAUUCAACUUCAGGCGGCCUUACCUUUCUGCUUGCUGGGUAACAGCACAGGGCAGCACGCGGCCUACAAAGUUACACAAGGAUUAUCAUCCAAUGCCAGAUAUGGUGACACUUGCAAGAUUUCUCCUCGAGCUAGAACUACAAGAAAAUAGAGUCCCAUCAGAUUUUACUCGGAAUCUGCGUUCAGAUCUUCCAAAAGCAUCAAAGAUGCUGAGCAGAUUGAAGGACUUGGAUCGAGAUGAGUGGGCAAAACAGCAAUUCAUUGAGUCAAUGAGCGCCUGUUUAGCCGUGGAAACAUACGCCAAGUAUGAGCCACAAGCUCCCCAUCUUGGGAUGUGGGACAUUUAUCAGAAGAUUGUGAGCCCUUUGGAACAGAACCUCCUUUCCAUGCUAGGCCCACGCGCCUCAUUCAAGGACUUGGAACAGGAGCUCUCAGGUGUCACGCCGUUAGCUAAUGUCAUAUUUGACGAGCCGGCUGUUAAGCCUCUGGAGCAAAGCCCGCCAAUGUGAGACACAGAGAAAACACGUAACCUGGUCCUUUUACUGACCCUUCCACAGAAACACAGCAUCGGACAAGUGGUUUACACAGCUUGAGCAAGAGACUCAUAGUCUUAUGAGUGGUGUCAAAGGUGGAGAAGUGAAGAUCGCCAUCCUCGACACCGGUAUUGAUCUUCAACAUCCACUACUUAGCAAAAAGAUCCAGAAUGAAAACUGCUGGGAUUUCGUCAACGAUACUGAAGGCAUAUGUGAUGAAGUCGGACACGGUACUCACACGGCCUCCCUGCUAGUGAAGACUGCACCUCAGGCUAGGAUAUUUUGUGGGAGAGUCUGGAAAACGCGGUAUGAAGAGGAUAAUACCGGGAGGUUAAUUGCCAAGGCAUGACUUACUAUCCCUCAGUCACUCACUUAUAUCACUUCACGUUAUGGCUAAUCAGGGA